AUGAGAUUCUUCUCAAUCUUCGUUCUCGCCUGUUUGGUGUCGGUAAGCGCAGCACUGGUGGUGAAGCGUGAUGAAUUCGAAAACGGACAGCCCAUCGAUACAGCAGCUGGGAAGGGAGCUCCGAUCACUGGUGGUACGAACCAUCCGAUAGACGUCCAAAACCCAGACGGUCUGGGGAGACAAUCCACGGAUGCCGGAUACGUGCCCAACUUAAAAUGGCCCUUCUCGCUUUCCAAACCCAGACUUUUCCCUGGAGGCUGGACGCGUACGCAGGAUGUCAAUGAUUUGUCCCAUAGCCACGACAUUGCGGCCGCUCAACAACACUUGAAAAAAGGAGCGUUGCGGGAGUUACACUGGCACAAAGUCGUACGUUUCGUCUACACAGGUUCUGUUCUAAUCUCGGCUGUCGAUGCUGAUGGAAACUAUCAGCUCGAGAAGCUGGGUUUUGGAGACAUUUGGUACUUUCCGAAGGGGGUCGCACACACCAUUCAAGGUCUUGAUGAUGAGAAUGAAUACCUCUUAACUUUCGACGAUGGAGACUUCAAUGCCGUUGGAGUCACCUUCAUGGUCGAUGACUGGUUAGCUCACACGCCAAAAGCGAUCAUUGCAAAGAACUUCGGCCUGAAUGAAUCCGUCUUCAAAAACGUCCCAACUACGGAUCCAUAUAUCCUGAAUGGGACCUUGUCGAACACCACCAUUAGAGGACUCAACGCUCAAUUGACUGGCAACUCGUCGUUCGUCUACCGCACGCUUGAGCAUGACUCCAUCCCUGUCCCUGGCAACGGAGGCACCUUUUACAAGAUUGAUUCAACCAAUUUCCCCAUAUCCAAGACGAUAGCGGCCACCUAUGUCACAUUGAAGCCAGGAGGACUCCGGGAGUUGCACUGGCAUCCGAAUGCAGAGGAGUGGUUGUACUUCCACAGUGGCGAAGGUCGGGCAACGGUGUUCAUCGGGAAUGCCAAUGCUCGGACUUUUGAUUUUCAACCGGGCGAUACUGCAGUCUUUCCCGACAAUAGUGGCCACUAUAUUGAGAACACGUCUGACACCGAAGACCUCGUCUGGAUCGAGAUCUACAAGAGUGACCGGGUUCAGGAUAUUUCAUUGACACAGUGGCUUGCUCUUACACCAGCGGACAUCGUGGCCAAUACCUUGAAGAUUGACCUCUCCGUGGCACAAGGACUGAAGAAAGAGAAGCAAAUAUUGGUUGCGGCCAAUAUUGGUACGAGGUGA